CUCUUCAGACCAGUUUCAAAGUCGGUGUAGUUUGUGUUUCAAACUUCUAACAGAGCUCUCACUGUCUGUAACUAAAACCGAAUACCCAUUUCCCACUUGUCCCAGGAAAACCUCAAAAUUUCAAAAUCACUAGGAGAAGUUGAAAACCUUGGUGUAAUCUUUGUUUGAAUUGUAUCCCGAAGCUGAAAGAUAGCAACUUUGGUGUUCAAUGGAGGGAAUGUCUAAAACAGUUGCAGUGAGGAGGCCGAAAUGGCGAUACCCACAACCAGUGCCAACUCCGAGAAUCCUCCAUUUGCCUCGGAGGCCUCGCCGGAAACAGACCAAGGCUAUUCCGUCGAAACCCACGUUGCAGAGGGUGAAGAAAGGGAAGCUGGAGACGUUGUUUGAACAAGAGAGGUCGUUUUCGAGAGGGGUGGUGCCGGUGGUGUUGGUGAGGCCAGGGGAGAGUGAGGAGAGGAGGAGAGAGAGGGUGGAGGAAGGGGAGAGUGGAGUGGUGGCGGUUGAGGAGGAAAAGUGGAGGUUUCAGGCUGAGAUGUUGAGAGCAGAAUGCAAUUUGUUGAGGAUGGAAAGAGAGAUUACAAUCAAGAAGAUGGAGAGGAGAAGGGUGCAGAUGGACAGGAUGCUGAGAUCUGCCAUUCAAACUCUACUUUCUGGAAGAAAGAAGAUUAGUGAAGGAAAGAAUGUGAGCUUGGUGUUGGAGGAAGAGAUGGGUGAGUUGGUGGAGAAACUAAACAAGUUGCAAAAGCAAUCAGUUCAGGACUUGGAAUGUAAAAACAAUAGUUAUUUUGAUAAGCAAGCAUCUUUUCUUCAAAGGCGACUGGAGAAGUUUGGAGGAAUGACGGAUGAGGAGAUAUGCAUAAAAGAGAUUCGUGAGAUGGCUGAAGCAACAAUGUCAAUCAAAACAAGUAGCCAGGUUGAUGAAGGCUUUGUUUCGAACCGAAAUAGCAAUGUGGAAAUUUUGAGACGAAAGAUGGAGGGGUUAUCAAAGGGGAUGUUAUUAGGGAGAAUGGAGGAAGAAUAUGGUUCAGUGCUAUCGACAUCCAACAGUUCUGUUGCCAGCUCUGCAUCCAAUUCAAGGAGGAUAGAAUUUCCAGACAUAUCCAUAUUGUCAUUGCAACAACCUUACAAGGACACAAUGUCACGCGAGGGAAAAUCAUGUUGUGGAUGUUGCAAGGCUAUACUAAGGAAGAUUUUAGAGCAGGUUCGUGCUGAGACAGAACAAUGGUCCCAAAUGCAAGAGAUGCUAGGGCAGGUGAGAGAUGAGAUUGAGGAAUUGCAGGCCUCACGGGAUUUCUGGGAAGAUCGAGCACUGGAUUCAGACAAUCAGAUACAGUCCCUACAAUCUGCUGUGAAAGAAUGGAGACAGAAAGCUGCAUCUUCCGAAGCAAAGGCGAAUGAGCUACAAGAACAGGUAUCACUGCUUCAAGGGGAGAUUGAAAGAUUGCAAAUGGGAAAAGAGAUGGAAGCUUCAAGGGCAAGAAACUUGUUGACACUCUCCCAGGAAGUACAGAAUGAGACAGAGAAGCGAGUAUUGGUUUGUCACCUGAAGGAAAACUGUCAUUCUAAAAUUGAUAUAAGAAGAAGGGCUCAGACAUGUUCUAACACUGGACUUGUUCUGCCAAAACGCUUGCCAUUACAAGAUAUUGCAAAUAUCUCACCAUUGAUAUUGAGGCAGCAAAACAAAGCAAAUAUCCCUUUGGAUUGUGGUUAUAAAGAGAAAAUGAGACAGAAGAAAGGUGGAUUCUUGCCUUGAGUUCUGGUGGAACUGUUUCCCUUGUAAGAAUAGGUAUAAUAAAGCAUUUUAAAUAAGCCAUGGGUGGCCUUUAGGCUUCUUUAAACAUUUUCUUGAUUUUGCUUUCUAAUCUAUUAUUAUAUUUUAUAAAGUGUUAGCCAAUUG